AUGGCGGCAAAAAAGGCGGGAAAAAGGAGGACCUCGGUCUGUCUACUGCACUGCCUGCACGGAAAAAAAAAAAAAAAAAAAAAGCGCGGGAAAAUCGUGGUCCGCGUGCUGCACUGCCCGCGCGCCACGCAGGGGCCGCCCCGCCGGGAUUUCCCGCGGCCUUGCCAGUACUGCGGACACGGGCUGUUGCCGCACUUGCGCCGCGGGCGGGGAAAUGCAGGAGAACGCGAAAGCAUCGGGGCAGAGCAGCCGCUGGAGGUGCCCGAGCCGUCUCCCCCUUGCCCGCAGGGCCGGAGUUGCCCACCGCCGGCAGCUGACAGGUCCGUGCUGGAGAGUGGGAGAAGGGUCCCUGCUGGCUGCCGUGUCCUGGGUGGGCACAGAGCUCUGACCUCGGCCAGAUGGGCUGUUCGGUUUCUUUCUCACAGGUUUCCGGGUGUUUUGAUCCUGACGUCGCCAAAGCCUCAGGCUUCUCUCCCUGGGCCCUUGCCGUUGCCGUAUCUCUUGGAUGCCGUGCAGAACGGAAUCAGGCAGCCAAGCCUCAUGUUCGCCUUCUCCCUCACCCUCUGCGCUGCUCGUGUGGCACAGCAGAUCCUGAAGCCAGAGGAGCACGUGUACAUAAGGGUAAAGAGAUUCCUUCUGUCACACCGGUAUUUGGACCUGAGGAAGGUACCAGGUUUUCUCCAGCUUUUCUACAGUUUUGAUUUUGAGUACAAAACAGCACGAGUGGAUCCUCAGAUUUCUUGGGGAAGGGCUGCGUGACAAACAUUGCUGUGAGCUCUAUGUCUACCAGAGGAUUUUCCGGGUCAUUCUUUCCUUUCUCAGCAGUCCUUUGUGUGACCAGGGCUCCCAGAGUCGCAUUCUGGAGAUACGACAGAGUGCUGCCCGUGUCACCUCUAGAGCUGCCCAUGAGCCGAUAGAGGAUCACAGCCUCCUCUCGUGGGUCCUGCACGGCUUAGAGAAAAGGUAACCAGCCAAGUACGGGAGACAUGGGGACAAUUUCCUGUCCACGGCUGAAGAAUGACGUGGCUGAGGAUGAAAGCAAGGGGGACAGACCUGGAGACGGGGGCACCGAGGGCUGCACUGGCAGAACUUGCUGAACGCUGAGGUGUCCCUGGUGUUUUUGAGAAGAGAAUCAAGAGGCUUUCAGGUGGUGGUGGGAGGGACGAUGGUGGGGGGGCUGUGUGAUUUGGGAAUCACUUCCUUGACAAAGCAAAAGGACACCUUGUGCUGGUGUCUUUAGCUUUGAAAUUUCAAGCAGCCUCAGUUCCCAUCCUGUCACAGGACCUGCUGCACAGGAAGUGGCACAGUAAUGGAUUUGAGCUGUCUAGAACGUUACUUCUCCUCCCCUUGCCUCUCCCUGACAAAAAAAAUCUCUUCUGCAAGCACAGAGUGCCCUGACAGGUUCAGGCAAGUGCACCAAAAGUGCCCUAGAAUAUGGUCCCCCGUAGGAGAUGGAGCAGCUGCUGGUGAGGAUCUGCCUUUCAAAUGUGGUUUUCUUUUCUUUUUUUUCUUUUUGUUCUGUUUCAUUU